UAAAGAAUAACAUUGUUGUCAUUGUUGAUUUUGUGUCUUCACCCUGAGUCCAUCCCCUGCCAAGCUGCACCUGUGAUUCUACGGCUGCUCGCUGAUGAGCUGACCGAUAAGUAAAUCUUUUCUUGGAUUUUAUCCUCUGCAUCCUUACCCAAUCACCUGCCUCCCACAGGACGCCAGCCUGCCCUGUUGAAACACUAUUUUUUUUUCAGUGUUUCAACUGAAAAAAUAGAAUGCCUUUUAUCCAAAAUAGAAUGCCUUUGAUCCUUUGUUAUGUCAUCAUCUUCCUGAGAGGCAAAACCCAUAAAUAGGGGCUUUGCUCUGUUAAACUUUACUGCUUAACCGACGUAGACCUGACAGCAACCACAGCCCUUUUGGAAAGUUUUGAGAGAAUUUCACAUUUCUCAGCAAUUCACCGACCAAGCCGACACAUUUCAUCAUGUCAGCUAACCCAUCCUUCAGCUCAGAUGAGCUUGAAAUAGUUGAAGGGAGUAUUUUGGGAAACCACUACAAGGUAGAGGCCUUCCUCGGAGAAGGGGGCUUUGGUAUUGUAGCCAAAUGUCGUGAUACCAAGACCAACCGAGCUGUGGCUAUUAAAGUCAACAAGAGCCGCCCUGAUAUUCUGCAACAGGCAAAACUGGAAAUUUUCAUCCUGGAGCAGCUGCGAAGGUUGGAUCCAGAUGCCGCCAACAUUGUUAAAUGGGACGGCUUUUUCCACGACGGAGAGCGGGUUUGCUUAAACUUUGAACUCCUUGAUCAAUGCCUGUGGGACUAUAUACGGGACCGGAAUAACCAGGGUCUCCCCAUAAGUGAAGUCGGGCCAAUUUUACGUCAACUCACAAAUGCUCUGUCCCACCUGGGUUCUGUGGGAAUAGUGCACGCUGACCUCAAAUCUAGAAACAUCAUGGUUGUAAAUCGCCAUGAGUCUCCCAUCAAAGUCAAACUCAUAGACUUUGGCCUCGCAUGUCCUGCGUCUGCAGUGAUGCCUGGUGACCGUGUGGGGACGGUUGGUUAUAAUGCACCUGAGGUUAUGCUUGGCCUUCCUUUUAAUGAAGCAAGUGACAUGUGGUCUCUGGGGCUGGUAGCUGUGGAGCUUGCUACAGGGGUGCCACUCUACCCUGGAAAUGAAGAUUAUGAUGUUUUGAAAUUCAUCAUAGAGACUCAGGGUCAGCCACCAGAUCAUAUUCUAGAUUCUGGCGUGUACACUGAAGACUAUUUCAUUGAAGACAACUACAAGCAACAGCGCUGGACAUUUAAGACUGACCAACAAUUUCAGUACGAGACAGGAUAUGAAUCCCUGAAGACUCGAUACUUAAAACUUAAAAGCCUUGAUGACCUUGAACAAGUAAUGAUGUUUACACAAGGACCUGAAAAUGGCCAACGUUUGUUUGUCAGCCUAAUUAAACAGAUGUUGGCCUUGGAUGCAAACCAGCGCAUAACACCUUCGGAGGUUCUCCAGCAUCCCUUUUUCGACCCUAAGAGUUCCCUGUGCAUUGACACGAGUAGCACAAGGGGACAAAACCCUGUGGUCUUUCAGCAGCCUUCAAACUUGAAAAGUAAGAGAUCACAGAAAAUCAACUGCAGUUUCCAAAACUCUGUUGAAUUUUCUCAACAAGUGCACAUCAACAUGUCAGCCAGCCCAUCCUUCAGCUCAGAUGAGCUUGAAAUAGUUGAAGGGAGCAUUUUGGGAAACCACUACAAGGUAGAGGCUUUACUUGGAGAAGGGGGCUUUGGUAUUGUAGCCAAAUGUCGCGACACAAAAACCAACCAAGCUAUUGCCAUUAAAGUCAACAAGAGCCGCCCUGAUGUUCAGCAAGAGGCAAAACUGGAAAUUUUCAUCCUGGAGCAGCUGCGAAAGUUGGAUCCAGAUGCCGCCAACAUUGUUAAAUGGAACGGCUUUUUCCAAGAUGGAGAGCGGGUUUGCCUAAAGUUUGAACUCCUUGAUCAAUGCCUGUGGGACUACAUACGGGACCGGAAUAAACAGGGUCUCCCCAUAAGCGAAUUCAGGCCAAUUUUAGGUCAACUCACAAGUGCUCUGUCCCACCUGGGUUCUGUGGGAAUAGUGCACGCUGACCUCAAACCUGGAAACAUCAUGGUUGUAAACCGCCAUGAGUCUCCAGUCAAAGUCAAACUCAUAGACUUUGGCCUCGCAUGUCCUGCGUCUGCAGUGAAUCCUAGUGACUGCGUGGGGACAGUUGGUUAUAGUGCACCUGAGGUUGUGCUUGGCCUUCCUUAUAAUGAAGCAAGUGACAUGUGGUCUCUGGGUCUGGUAGCUGUGGAGCUUGCUACAGGGGUGCCACUCUACCCUGCGGAGAAUGAGUAUGAUUAUCUGAAAUUCAUCAUAGAGACUCAGGGUCAGCCACCAGAUCAUGUUCUAGACUCUGGCAUUUACACUGAUGACUAUUUCAUUGAAGACAACUACAAGCAACAGCGCUGGACAUUUAAGACUGACCAACAAUUUCAGUACGAGACAGGAUAUCCAUCCCUGGAGACUCGAUACAUAAAACUUAAAUGUCUCGAUGACCUCGAACAAAUAAUGAAGGUUAGACGAGGACCAGAAGAUGGCCAAAGCUUAUUUGUCAGCCUGAUUAAAAAGAUGUUGGCCUUAGAUGCACACCAGCGCAUAACACCCUCAGAGGUUCUCCGGCAUCCCUUUUUCAACCCUGGCCUCUCUAACAGCUUCCCAUGUAUUGCCAUUGAGAGACCACACAGAAUCAAUCUCCAGAAGGGAGAAACAAAAGUCUGGAUCAUUGGGUCAAGCUACAUCAGACGAGGCGAGAGUGACGCAAAAGAGCUAUUCGGAGAAAAUUUCGGACUUAAUGCCAAAGUCCAGUGGUUUGGCAAAGGAGGGAUGUGCUGGAGUGGAGUCCUUCCUCGUUUUUAUGAGGAGCUAUCCACACAGAGCCCACCUGACAUAUUGGUAAUCCAUGCUGGGGGCAAUGAUUUGGGACUCAUGUCUGCUUAUCAACUUUCUUCUGUCAUUGAGAAGGAAUUGAUGCAACUGCACACAGAGUUCCCCUCAAUGACAAUUGUAUAUUCAUCCAUCAACGAGCGUCAAGUGUGGAGAUAUGGAAAUCCAGGCCAAAUCAAUAAGGACAGGAAGAUCGUGAACGCCAGCAUUAGAAAGGCUGUCAACCGCUUUGCUGGAGUGAUUAUUGAGCAUCCAUGCUUGAGGUUUUUCAACAACUCAAUUUUUUUACCCGAUGGAGUUCAUUUAAACAAGAAAGGAAAUGAACUGUUUCUGAAAAGCAUCCGCUCGGCCAUCCAGCAAAGUCUUCAGUCACCUCACAGAAAACUGACUUGAGGGAUUUCCUUCACAGUCCAGAAAACCACAUGUUGUUCAUUUUAGGCAAUGUGAGCAACACAUAUCUAAAUUGUGCUCUCAUUUUUCUUUUCUUUUACCUCUCACCACCCAACCAGUCAUGACAGAUGGCUGCCCCUUUCUGAGCCUGGUUCUGUCAAAGGUUUCUUCCUGUUAAAAGGAAGUUUUUCCUUUCCACUGUUGCCUAGUGCUUGCUCUCAUAGGGGAUCAUUUGAUUGUUGGGCUUGAAUUGAAUUGAAUUGAAUUGAAUUUAAUUGGAUUGAACAAAAUUUUAAAAAUUCUGGUGAGAGGUCCAAAUUGUAGGGAGCACUACAAAAUCUACAAAUAAAAAAAAAAAUUGUCAUUAGCAGCAAAUCAAAAUAAAGAAAAAAAAAAUUGAAAAA